AUUGAACUUUGAGCAGUUCUUUGAGGUCUUCGCAUGCAGCAAUUCGACCGGGGGCAAAGGCAAAGGCAAAGGCAAGCCGAUGUCACAAAUUGGCAAUCAAAAUACCAUAGCAAAGGUGUUUCUGUCUCCAAGUGGCUGGUUUUUCAAGGAAACCCUUGGUGCAUAGCUCAGAAUUGUGCUUUCUCUGAUCGCGCGCUUUCUUAUAUCUAAUUUGUCGUAGCCCCGAAAGGCCACAUUUUUCAUAGACAGACGUGUCCUUUUGCAUUUGAUGCCCAGUAUGGCCGCCAGUCCAAGGACAACCAAGGGAACAACCGCAGGGGCGGAGAAUGAGGACGUGCUUGCGGGGCGCAGUGGCAGGGUGGCGGGGAAGGCCCACGACCAAGCUCCUCUUCUGGAGGCAGGCCAGGGUGGCGAGAGAAGCUCAGCAGCGCCAAGUCACUCUUUCACCAUUGUGGCGGUGCUCAUAGCGGCGCUGGGCCCGCUCUACUUUGGGUACUCGCUUGGCUACACGUCGCCGGCCCUGCCCGCCAUUGAGAGCCAGCUGGAGCUGACCACCGGGCAAGCAAGCUUCUUCGGAGCACUGGUCAACAUUGGAGCAAUGAUGGGGAGCCUCAGUUCAGGAGCGGUGGCAGAUGCAAUUGGGCGCAAGGGAGUGCUGGCGGUGGCGGCGUGUCCUGGCGUCCUGGGCUGGCUCAUCAUUGCCCUUGCGCAGGACCCUCUGGCACUGUAUAGCGGCCGCCUGCUCUGCGGUUUUGCCACAGGGACCUUCUCCUUUGCGGUGCCCAUUUACAUCGCUGAGGUGUCUCCCAGCCACUUGCGCGGCGGCCUGGGUGCCGUCAACCAGCUGGGGAUCACAAUCGGGAUCGUGCUGGUCUACGCCCUCGGCAUGCUCAUCCACUGGCGCACUCUCGCCUUCAUCGGCGUGCUGCCGAUGGGCGUCCUCCUGCUGGGCCUCACCGUCCUUCCCGAGAGCCCGCGCUGGCUGGCGAAGAACGAGUACCAGGCGCGCCUGGUGGCGGCCCUGCGCCAGCUGCGGGGAGCGGAGUGCGACACGCGUACCGAGAUGCAGGAGAUCCAGGAGGCGGCUCGCCAGUCGUCUGCACAGCCGCGCGCCACGCUGCGGGACCUGUUCAAGCGAGACCUCACGUGGCCCCUCGUGGCGGGCGUGGGCCUGAUGGUGCUGCAGCAGUUCUCGGGGGUGAACGCCGUCAUGUUCUACAGCGGCACCAUCUUCCGCGCCGCCGGGGUCCACUCCGCCGACGCGGCCGCCUUUACCUGCGGCCUCCUCCAGGUGUUCAUGACGGGGCUGGCGGUGUGGCUCAUGGACAAGGCCGGGCGCCGCCUGCUGCUCAUGGUGUCGGCCGGGGGCAUGGCCGUCAGCAGUGCGGCGCUGGCCUACUCCUUCUGGCUCCCGCCGGGCAGCCUUGCGGCCAGCUACCUGGCCAUCGCCAGCCUGCUCGUGUACAUCGCGGCGUUCUCGCUGGGCAUGGGCGCCGUGCCGUGGAUCAUCAUGAGCGAGAUCUUCCCGGUGCACGUGCGCGGCCUGGCCGGCAGCUGCGCCACCCUCGUCAACUGGACCGCCUCCUUCACCGUCACCCAGACCUUCCAGUACCUCCUCCUCUGGAGCGCGCCCGGUGCCUUUCUUCUUUACGCUGUCGAGUGCGUAGUCACGGUGUUCUUCGUUUCGUACUUUGUACCGGAAACGCGGGGAAGGACGCUGGAAGAGAUCGAAGCCUCUUUCAAAACACUGUAGCCGCUGCCAAACAGGUGUACCAAACAACGAUUAGUGGGGUAUUAUGCGAAUCCUCGUCUUCUUAUUUCCGUGCACGACACCAAUUGAUUAAAGAAAGGAUCGUUGGUCUGGCUGUCGCACUUGUUUCGCCCCGUGUCGAUGCUGUUGGCAGCUAGCUUUCACUGACAGAUGGAGGCUCUCAUGACCAACGUGCAGCCGGACAGGUGCAGGCCAC